GAAAGAGUGUACGUAGGUUAUUCUACUUCCAAACCUCAAAUGGCCGCUCCGGGCACAGAGGAAGCCGUUUGCUUGAUUAGCAACCUCACACACUCACUGAUGGAAAACAAUAUCGAAAACAACCUCAAUACUCACACAGAACAACAACAACAACAUGAAGUUGACUACGAAGAAGAAGAAGAAGAUGAAGAGGUUUCCAGUUAUUCGGAUUCCGAAAUCGGUGAUGCGUUGGACUGUUUGUAUUCGAAGGAGGAAGAUGAAGGCUCAUCCUUUUCCCUAAAUUCGUGGCGCCCCAAUGCUCACGGUGGCCACCACCUCCAUUCCUCAACUCUUCAGCCUCUCGCCAAUCGCAACCAAAAGUACUCCCACCACAUUCGAGCUUCACCCUUGGAGGAGUGGGAAGGGAGGAUGAAUAUUGGCAUGUCAAACUCUGUGACGACAGCAAUUCGUGGAAGUGUUAGAGAAAGUGCCGUUGGGAAGACUAAAACUACAGAUAAAGCAGACCGGGCAACUGUUGAACAGGCAAUUGAUCAAAGAACGCGCAUGGUUUUAUACAAGAUGAUGAACAGAGGUGUCUUUGAUGAUAUCAAUGGAUGCAUUUCAACUGGCAAGGAAGCAAAUGUUUAUCAUGCAACUAAAUCUGGUGAUCAAGAAGUUGCAAUAAAAGUAUACAAAACAUCUAUUUUGGUAUUUAAGGAUAGAGAUAGAUAUGUGCAAGGAGACUUCCGGUUUAGAAAUGGAUACAGCAAGCAUAAUCCCAGGAAGAUGGUACAAAAAUGGGCAGAAAAAGAAAUGAGGAAUCUUAUGAGGCUUAAGGCAGCAGGAAUUAGGUGUCCUACAGCAUAUCUUCUGCGACUACAUGUUCUAGUUAUGGAGUUUAUAGGAAAAUCUGGUUGGGCUGCCCCUCGUCUUAAAGAUGCUGCUUUAUCUUUAGACAAGUUGCGGGAAGGCUAUGUUGAGAUUAUUAUUGCAAUGCGGACACUGUAUCAGAAAUGCAAAUUGGUACAUGGAGAUCUGAGUGAAUAUAAUAUACUAUAUUAUGAGGGUCACUUGUAUAUUAUUGAUGUUUCUCAAGCUGUCGAUCCUGAACAUCCUCAUGCCCUAGAUUUUCUACGUGAAGAUUGUGUUCAUGUAUCUGAUUUCUUUAAAAAGCAUGGUGUAGCGGUCAUGACAAUAAGAGAAUUGUUUGAUUUUAUUGUUGAUGCAUCAAUAGCUGAUGAUGCUGUGGAUAGUUACUUGGAAGAGAUGCAACAAAAAAUUUUGGCCAGAGGAGAUGUAUCUGUAGAGGAUGAGAUUGCAGACUCUGUAUUUGUGCAGUCUUUCAUUCCAAAGACACUUGAUGAUGUUAAGAAUGCUGAGGAGGAUGUACAACGGAUAACAAGUGGGAAGGACACUAAAGAUUUAUACUACCAGACCAUUACUGGCCUUAAGCAUGCCUUGUCUUUAACUCAGUCUUCACAGCAAAAGGGCCAACAGCAGAAAUCAAGUGCCAUAAAAGAUUCACCUAUCAUUUCUGAUGAUAAAUCUAACAACUUGGAGGAUGAUGCUGAUGUUCAAUCUGACGAUGACCAAGAUGACGAAAGUGAUUCUGAAGAGGAUUCAUCCUCAGAAAGUGAAACAAUGGAUCCUGCAGAUAAAAAAGCUGCUAAAAAAGAGGCUAGAAAAGAUAAUAAGAAGAAGGUGAAGGAGGAGAAAAGAGAAGCACGUAAAACUAAAGUUCCUAAGGCUGUUAAAAAGAGAAAGAAAAAGUUGGCUAAAUCACGCAAAACUAGAUAGAUAGUGGUUAUAAUAUUUGCUUUUUUCUACACUCUAUUUGUAUUAAGUUGAAUGGAAGUGUCAUGGAAAAUAACUUCAAGAUAGAUUCUCUUCCUUUAUUUAGUAUUAUUGAAGUUUCAAAUUUUGUUUUCUUAAUUCGAGUUUCUACUGAUAUAGUUGUCAUGGAAAGUUAUUUUGUGGAUAUGUAAUCGUUAUAGUAAAUCAAAUUUUAUGAGAUCUUAUUUUUGUACCUCUUCCCUUUCA